AUGAGCAUAGCGCUGGUGUCCAUGGACGGCACGCUAAAUCUGGAUCUGACAGAAAGCGGACAGCGGCUACUCGAUGGUGCGAACACGCAGCGGCCGGGGGUGUUCCGCAUACAGGCCCAGAUGUUCAGCAUGCUGGAUUCUCUAACGGUGGCAUUGCAUUCAGCCCCGCUGCCGGCACAGGCAGUGUUCUCGGACAACCAUGGCCAUGUUCAGUCGUUUGCUUGUGCCCCGAAGCCUCGGUUUGGGCAGAUCGGCGGCACAGCCACUGUGGCGGCCGAUCGCGGCAGGCUCUUGGCACACUUUGCCAGGCCAGCACCCAGCUCAUCGCCAUACCUGCACAAAUCCCAGGGCCCGCUCGCUCCGCACCCAGCCGCCAUAGACCAGCCCUAUCCGACAGCAGGUACGGACGGGUUCCUGACAAUAUCAUUCUACAGCUUCUUUAAUAUCCCCUCAGAGCACGUACAGCCAGCGCGGGACAAGAUCCAGAACGAGUGGAGCACGGACCUGGGGAUUGUCGGGCGAAUCUACAUCUGCGAGCAAGGGAUCAACGCGCAGCUCAGCGUGCCGCAGGAGAACGCGCUGAAGCUGCGGCAGUGGCUCGAGGACUCGCAGAUGUUCCGCGGGAGAAUUCCUAAAUUCAACUGGGCAAUCGACCACCGCAAGUCGUUCAAGGCUCUGCAUGUGCGUGUCAGGCCGCUGGUGGCCACGGGCGCGCCCCUCAGGCUGGAGGAGCUGGCGCAUGAGCCCGAGUACCUGAGCCCCGAGGCGUGGGAGAACGAGCUGAAUCAGAUCAAGGAGUCUGGUGCGCAGCCGUUGCUGAUUGACAUGCGCAACAACUACGAGUUCCGGAUCGGCCGGUUCGAGGGCGCCGUGUGCCCGGAUGUCGACACGUUCCGUGACGAAAUGGCGGUCGUGCGGGACCUGUGCGCCGACAAGAACACACCAAUCCACAUGUACUGCGCCGGCGGAAUCCGGUGCUCGGUCGCCGGUGCCAUUCUCAAGUCGGAAGGCUACGCAAACGUCAAGACGCUGAAGGGCGGGGUAAUCGCAUAUGGCAGACACAUCCGCGAGCAGCAGUCACCGCAGUCGAUCUUCCACGGCAAAAACUUCACCUUUGACAAGCGGCUGGGCGAAGAAGUCACCAGCGAGAUUCUGACCAAGUGCGACCAGUGCGGGGGGCCCUGCGAUGUGUUCACAAACUGCGCCAACACCAGCUGCAAUCUCCUGUUUGUGCAGUGCGAAAAGUGCGCAGAGAAACACAAGCAUACGUGCGGCAACGAGCUGUGCAUUGAGCGCGCCGGCAUGUCGCACGACGAGCUCAUCAAGAACCGCAUGCCGCCGCUCUGGGACUACCGCACGCGCGUGCGGCCCGAGGAAGCAUUCGGCCCCGACGGCAUCGCCCGGCCCAAGAAGAAAAUGACAGCAUAG